AUGUCUACCAUCAACGACAGUUCGUUGCAAGUCGAACGCGGCCUCUGGUACAACGAUGGGAAUAUCAUCCUUGUUGCGGAACGCAGAAGCUUCCGGGUCCACAAAUCGGUCUUAUCGCAACACUCUAAGGUUUUCCAGGACCUUUUCGAGAUUGCUCAGCCGGACGCGGAAGACGGAAUGACGACUUGCCCCGAAGUACCUCUGCAAGAUCGCGCGGAUGAUGUCCACAUGCUGCUGCAGCGCUUCUACGGUGUGAAUUGGUUCGGCGACGGCAACUUCGAGUGGUCGCUUGAGGAGGUAGCGCGUCUCACGCGCCUUGCCCACAAGUACCAAAUCACAGAUCUCCUUGAGCAGGGCAUGGCGCGCUUGCAAGCCGCUUUUUCGGAUAAACUCUGCGAUUUCGACGCCUAUUUCGGUGCGCGGAAGGGCGAGGACGGUAAAUGUUCUGUGGCCACUCAAUGGACCGAUGCGAUCGCUGUGGUGGACCUGGCCUACGCUACCGACACGCUGACGAUGUUACCAGCGGCACUUUAUGUCUGUGCGCAGCUCGAUCCUUACAGUAUCUGUCAUGGUGUCGUGCGUGCGGACGGUACCAUAGCGUCGCUUGCGCAGCAGUAUCAGAAGCUUUGCCUCUCCGGAAAGAACGCGCUGCGAGCGCGGCAUCUCUGCAAGUCCGCUCAGCUUUGGGAGAAGAUGGAGUCGUCGUGCAUUUUGGACUGCAAAGCGCAUGCGCUGUCAAGGAUUCUGAAGGCCAGUGUCGUGGACUGUUUGCAGUCUGAGUGUAACGACGCUUUGUCGGAUUGCCAUAUCGCGCAGUACACAUUGUCCGAGGAUGUUAUCUGUUCCCGGUGCUUGAAAUCUGUGAAGGGGAUGAUCGCCAAGUACCAAGACGCACUUUGGAAGGAGCUGCCGAGGUAUUUCAACCUGGGCACUUGGGACCAGCUACGCAAGUCAUCUCCCGUCGGCACGGCAUCGACAGAUUAG